GUGGUUAUUACUAACUUAUAUAGAUUUAUAAAUUAGGGAAUUAGGUCCCCUCAAGAAAUGAGGAUGCCGUAAUUCUCUUGUCCGCAGGGGGGACGAAAAUCUUCUCCUAAUUUUUUAUGCAAAUGAUUGAAUUUCUCACUUGGAGGACCGCCCCGCGACCGCUUAAUUGAGUACUCUCUUCGCGCAAACGGAGCCUCAAGCAAUUCUUCAGAAAGCGGCGUUCUCUGCUUACUUAGAAGCUGUCGCUUUCCAUCAAUCCGGCCACUUCUCUGCCUUUCUUUCUCCGUAAUCACUUGAUACAAAAAAGCCCUCAAAAUCUGUCAAAUCCCUUUCUAUGCAAUCUGAAGUCCUCUGAGUUCCGAAUGGCAUCCGCCCUUUUCACGAGAACAUCUGUUCUCUUGGCUCAUCGCUUCUAUCAACCUUCAGUUUCUUUCUUCCACAAGCCUCAACUCUUCUCCUCUCUGCUCAAGAAAAGACCACAUUAUUUGUGGGCUGACCCUGUCUAUUUGGGGCAUAAAUCUUCUGGUUUGUCUCUCUCUUCUAUGGCUGCAUCAGUAGUUGGGAACCAAGCUGCUUUCACCACACUGUCCGUGUCCGCUAAUGAACCUGUUGUUUCUGUUGAGUGGCUUCAUGCAAAUAUCAGGGAGCCUGAUAUGAAGGUGUUGGAUGCAUCGUGGUACAUGCCAGAUGAGCAGAGGAAUCCACUUCAAGAGUACCAGGUUGCCCACAUUCCUGGCGCCCUUUUCUUUGACGUGGAUGGGAUAUCAGAUCGAACUGCAAAUUUGCCACAUAUGUUGCCAUCAGAGGAAGCUUUUGCUGCUGCUGUUACUGCUCUUGGUAUUGAGAACAAAGAUGGAGUUGUGGUUUAUGAUGGAAAGGGAAUUUUUAGUGCAGCUCGUGUUUGGUGGAUGUUCCGAGUUUUUGGGCAUGACAGAGUAUGGGUGUUAGAUGGAGGCUUGCCAAGAUGGCGUGCUUCAGGCUUUGACGUAGAAUCUAGUGCUUCAAGUGAUGCUAUUUUGAAAGCUAGUGCUGCUAGUGAGGCAAUAGAGAAAGUAUAUUCGGGACAGGCAAUUGGGCCAAUCACGUUUCGGACGAAAUUCCAGCCACAUCUUGUCUGGACACUUGAACAGGUUAAGAAGAACAUUGAGGAGAAAACUCAUCAACACAUAGAUGCUCGUUCAAAGGCUAGGUUUGAUGGGGCUGCACCGGAGCCUCGAAAGGGUAUAAGAAGUGGUCAUGUGCCAGGCAGCAAGUGCAUUCCUUUUCCUCAGAUGCUGGAUGCUUCACAGACUCUCUUACCAGUGGACGAGCUUAAGAAAAGAUUUGAUCAAGAAGGCAUCUCUUUGGACAGCCCUGUUGUAACUUCAUGUGGCACUGGAGUAACUGCUUGUAUUCUCGCAUUGGGUCUCCAUCGACUCGGGCAGUCUGAAGUUUCUGUGUAUGAUGGAUCGUGGACAGAAUGGGGAGCACACUCAGAUGCACCCGUUACCACUUUGUAAAGGCAGUGGAUUUGAAGCUUGGCGGAAACAUUCUGAGCUUGAUGUUUGCCUAUUUAAUAUCAAAGAUGGCAAGGAAAGUGGUUGUAUCUAAAAGAGCUGAAGUCAAAUCGCGUUUCCGAAUGGCGUUUUAAAUCAAAAAUAUGGAGUUGAUUUCAAAAACAGACAUCUUGACAGAUUAUCGGGAAAGAUCAGUUAAGAUGCUGGACGAGAGCUGUGCUUUUUGCUACAUAACUUGCAUGAAUUAUAGCUGUUUCAUGAAAUGUGCGUGUAAUGAGAACUUCCCAUUACUAUUUGACCAUUUGUUUGAUGGAAAAGUGAGCAAACAAGGAUAAAUAAUUCCUGAGUCAUAGAAAUUUCCUCUCAUGGACUUACUAUUGUAUUUGUUGCAAUUUUCUUCAUAUAACUAGUGAUCAUGAAGCGCACAGCAGAAGAUUUGCGUGUAUUUUCAA